UCGAAAACCCCGCUAUGCUGCAAGCUAGCGCAUUCAUCGGCGAAACUCUGCGGGAAGGUGUCUUGAUCGCCAAUCCACUAAAAUCUCUAUACAGAGUUGGAGUGAGCUCUUCGCUUCGAUAUAAGGUCAAGUGGCUAGACAGGGCGCAGCUCCCACGAAACCCAUCCACAAUGUUUCGCCGAGGUGCCCGUACGUUCGCGACCAGCGCCCUGAGGUUGGCACAUGAGCCGAGCCCGCAUCUCCUCGCCGUCUCAAAGGCACAGGGGAUCUCCAAGGGCCUUACAGGAGCCAUUGGCAACACGCCCCUCAUCCGGCUCAACAACCUAUCCGAACAGACCGGGUGCGAGAUUCUCGGCAAGGCCGAGUUCAUGAACCCGGGCGGCUCGGUGAAGGAUCGCGCGGCCCUCUACGUGGUCAAGGAUGCCGAGGAGAAGGGCUUCCUACGGCCCGGCGGCACGGUAGUGGAGGGGACGGCGGGCAACACGGGGAUCGGGCUGGCACACGUUUGCCGCAGCCGGGGCUACAAGCUGGUCAUCUACAUGCCGAACACGCAGUCGCAGGGCAAGAUCGACCUGCUGCGGCUUCUGGGCGCCGAGGUGUACCCCGUCCCCGCCGUCGCGUUCGACAACCCGCAGAACUACAACCACCAGGCGCGCCGCCACGCCGAGUCCCUGGACAACGCCGUCUGGACCAACCAGUUCGACAACACCGCGAACCGCCGCGCGCACAUCGAGACGACGGGGCCCGAGAUCUGGGCGCAGACCGGCGGCAAGAUCGACGCCUUCACCUGCGCGACGGGCACGGCCGGCACGCUGGCUGGCGUCACGAGGUAUCUGAAGACGGUCUCGGACGGCAGGGUCAAGUCCUUCCUGGCGGACCCGCCGGGCAGCGUGCUGCAUGCGUACAUCACAUCAGGGGGCAAGUUGAUGGAGCGGAGCGGGUCGAGCAUUACCGAGGGCAUUGGGCAGGGACGCAUCACUGAUAACCUCAAGCCGGACCUUGAAUUGUUGGACGGCGCAUUGCACAUCAGCGAUGAGAAGAGCAUCGAGAUGGUCUACAGGUGUCUCGACGAGGAGGGCCUCUAUUUGGGGGCAAGCUCCACCUUGAACGUCGUCGCUGCGAAGGAGGUUGCUGAGAAGUUAGGGAAGGGCCACACCGUUGUCACCAUGCUUUGCGACGGCGCAUACCGGUAUGCGGACAGGCUCUUCUCGAAGCAGUGGCUUACAGAGAAGAAUCUACUCUCGGCCAUCCCCGAGCGGUUGCAGAAGUACAUAGUCUUGCCGUAAGAUGCUCGGCACAGAACAAAUAAUGUUACAAUAUAUAGUCCGU